AUGGCUUCGUUUGCACCACAAGGAACCUUUCAACAACCGUUGUCUACGGAAGAGCUUAGAUUCUAUGGCCAGCUUUUCAAGUCGCUUGACCCUGAGUCCUUGGGCGUUGUCACUGGAGAUGCUGCUAGGUCAACCUUAGAGAAGUCAGGUUUGCCCCCUUUGGUUUUGGGGAACAUAUGGAACAUUGCCGACUCUAAUGCGACAGGUUUCCUGACCCAGUAUGGCUUUGCCAUCGUUAUGAGACUAAUUGGCCACGUUCAAUUGGGAAGAGAACUAAGUCCAGAUCUAUACCAAACAUUUGGCAGAUUGCCUUCUUUUAACAACGGCGCUCCGGCCCCACAGCAACGAUCACUUCCAGAACAGUACACUGGCACAGCACAAUCUAUCCCUCCAUUGACCAAUGCUGAUGUGACGAAAUUCGGACAGAUUUUUGAUCAGACUGCCCCAACCGGUAUCCUCUCUGGUGCAGAAGCUAGAAAUAUUCUUCUUAAAGCAAAGCUACCAAACCACGUAUUGGGACAAAUUUGGUCUCUGGCUGAUAAAAAUGAUCUUGGCAGGCUCAACAAAUCCGAGUUUAUUAUUGCAAUGCACUUGAUUCAGGUUGUGCUUAGUGGAGCAGUGACUACAAUUCCAAGCUCCCUCCCUCAAUCUAUCUGGGAUGUUGCCAACAAUACCAUUCAAUCCAGCCCAGCCCCAUCCAUUACUUCUGUUUUGAAUACACCUAUUCAAAGACAGUUGUCUUCAAAUCUUACCGGACCUUCAACACAUGCUGUCCCUGUUGAACAAUGGGCUAUCUCACCUGAUCAAAAACAACAAUAUGAUAGGAUUUUCGAAGGAUUGGAUAAAAACUCUUCGGGAUUUUUGUCAGCAUCGGAGUCUGCAAAGUUUUUAAUGGGCUCUAAGCUGCCCCAAAACGUACUUGCCAAUAUCUGGGACCUAUCUGAUAUUCAAAAUUCUGGAAAAUUUUCCAAGACAGAGUUUGCAAUUGCUAUGUUUUUGGUAAACAAAAAAGUUCAAGGUGUUGAAUUACCAGAAAUUGUACCCGAUUCAUUGAUAGCAAGUGCUGGUGGUGUAGCUCCGAACUCUAGAUCUCGUUUCUCUCCACAGCCCACGCAGUCACCUCAACCACACCCAUCACAAUCUGUUAAACCUAAACUUUCCUCUCUUGAUGAGUUGUCUGGUCUAUUCAAUUCCGUUUCACCUACUCCUCCUGCGGGUCAGAAUAGUCAUGGAAAUUUCAAAUCUCCCCCUAUUGCACCUCCAUCACGUAAUAACACAGACCUUGGCGGGGUAAAGCAAUUUGUUCCUUCUUCUACAUUUGGUCAACAAUUUUUGGAAAAAGAGGCUAAUAAGCAGGAAGCCCCAUCCUUACUGGAAGAGUCUUCAGAUGAUGAAGAUGAUAAUGUCCCUGAGACUAUUGGUGUCCGCAGACAAGCACCUCCAAUUCCAAACCGCAAUGAGAAGGCUAAUCUUAACUAUGAACCAAAUUAUGGUGCAUUGAAAUCUGUACAGGAUACGAAGCCUUCAACCGUACGUCAAGUGUCAUUUCAGGAAGCCCCUAAAACUCAGCAGUAUAUUCCACAACCGAACUCUGACUUAUUGGCAGAUUCUAAUCCUGAAGUAUCAAGAGAUUUGUCCAAAGCCAAUACUGACAUUGCCAACAUUUCUAAUCAAGUUUCAUCUCUUACUCGCCAAACAAGCGAGCUGAAUGAUAAGCGUGACAGAGCUCAAGCUGAAUUGGAACGAAUCCUAAAAUUGAAGGAGCAAAUCCAGCUCAAGUUAUCAAACUUACAAACUUCUUACUCUGCUGAAGUUAGUCAAGUCAAACUGCUGGAAGAGCAGCUAGCCAAAGAAAGCUCACAAACUGAGCAACUGAGACAAGAGGCUUCUUUACAGGAAGCAACUUUCCAUACGUCUCAAACUAAGCACAAAGAAAUGGAAGAAAAGUAUGCUCAAAUUGAGGCCGAGAAUCAGGGGUUAAAGCAACAACUAUCAUAUUAUACGUCUUCCAACUCUGAACUCAAGCUCAAACUGGAAGAACUUGAGAAGCAAAGCAAACAAUCUUCAAACAUUCUCUCAGUAACUAGCCAACAGUUUACCAUUGCUCAAACUGAAAAUCAACAGUUAGGAGAAAAGAUUGAACAACUAACUCAGGAACUGAAGGAUAGUGAACUUAAAAGUCAUGAGUUACAAACCAGCACCGAACAAUUGGACCACCGAAAAACUGAACUUUUGGAAAGGAAUAAGACUUUAGAGAAACAACUAGAAGCAUAUCAGGCAGAUAUAGAGAGUCGAAGCAGUCAAUUGCAAGAAGCGGCUAGGGAGAUACAGGAGCUCGAGCUGAAAAACUCUAAACUGAAUGAUGGGGUCGAACAAAAGAAAGUUGAGCUUUCCAAUCUUGCUAAUACUUCUCAAUCCCAAGAAGGCUUGAGUGCCACGGCUGGUACUUUAGUGGGAACUGCGGUCGCUGCUGCGGCUGCCGGAGCUGCAGGCGCAGCAAUUUUUUCUAAAGAGAAUAAGAAUAAUUUAGAAGAUGCCGCCAAACAGUCGACUAUUGGUUCGCAAACUGAAAAAGCCCUUUCAGUCAACACUGCGGAAACUUCUGUUGCCUCUCUUCCUCAAUCAGAUUAUCAACUGGCCCCAGAGAGUACUCUCACGGAACAAUUCAGCCUACCGCUUGUGAGACCAGAAUCGCUGACGUCUAGUGUGCAGAAUAAUGCACCUCAAUCUGUGAGGGAUGAAUCUGAGGUUAGGUCGUCUAUCUCUGUAGAAGGUGAGUACUCCAAUAAGCAACCUCAGGAAUCAUCGCCUGAGGAGCAAAGGCCCCUAUCAUCGGAAGCUGGUUCUUAUGAACUAGUAGAAGCUGAGAAGGAACAUAGUGAGUUUCCAGGUGAGUUCCCGGCUCAAUCUGAAGACACUCUGGAUGAAAACUCGACUGCUUUUACGACCGCAAAUGCUUUUGCUGAUAGUUCAAAUGCUUCAAAUGUAGGGGAAAACAUAACCAGCUCAGAUGUUGCAACAUCGGUAGACGUCGAAAAGUCCAUACAAUCAAACCAGAAUGAUUCCUCAAAGAAUUCAGAUAUUUCGGCAGAAUCUGACAAGAUCCAAGAUCGCUACCCCAAGAUAGAGACCACAGAAGAUGAAGGUGCUGCCGAUAUAGAGGUUAAUGAUCCUCUUCCAGAAGAGAAACUGUCUAGCGUGACUGAUAAAGUAGCCUCAUUAUCUAUCACUCCAGGAGUGGUGGAACCUAUCCCAACAGCAGAAAAUAGCCAAUUCUCAUUUGAAGGAGAGAGCUCUGAAUUUGAUAAUGAGGUGUCUAAGCGCUUAGAUUCCUUUCAAAAGCCUACAUCUGAACCUGAUUCUGAAACUUCGUCUGAUGAAGAUGGUCCCGAAGAUUUGGAUAAAAAGGUACACCCUGACGUUACCGCAAGUGCUCCGGUUGAAGUAAAAGAAGAUCAAGAGGCAACUUCUGAAGAUGAUGAGGAAUUUCACGACACUGUGGAAGAAUUUCCCACGCCUAGAACAGUUCCUGUUUUUUCUAACAAUCCGUUUCCCUUAUUUUCAAAGAAUGAUGAUGCUGGUGUUCCAGUACUGAAGGAUGAUCACGUUGAACCAGCACAUGAUGUGGUCAAGGAACAGGAUGAAUUCGCUCAACUCGAGGAAGCAGCAUUGGAUACUAGUGUCCCUGGCAAAUUUGAAUUACCUAAAUCGUCUGUCCCUGCCUUUGGUGAUGAAGAUGUACAACUAACCCAGGGUACUGCUAAUGAACAGGACGAGUUCGCAGAUUUGGUUGCCCCCCGCUUGGAAGCUGGAGAAGAAUUUGAUGAGUUUUCAAAGUUAGAAGAAGCUCCUAUAGAGCAAACCGAUCAAUUAAAUGACUUUGAAAACCAGUUCACUAACGAUUUCUCAAACCAAUUUGCAGAAAGUAAUUUUUUCAACAGCCAAACGCAGACCUUUAAUGAUACUCAGGGAGACACUGAAGGAAGUAAAUCAGAUGAGUGGGAGGUUCUAUUUGCUGGAUUUGGUAAUGCUAAGCAAGAGACUUUUGCUCCACCCGUACAGGAGCAACAAAAUCAAGAGUCGUUUGGCCAGACGGGAUUUGGUAGCAGCUUUGAUAUCAAUGAUUCGGGCAACCAGGCUCAUGACUUAGCGAUUGAGGAACUGGUCGGAAUGGGAUUUACGAAAGAAUCAGCCGUUAAAGCCCUGGAAAAAAGUAAUUGGAAACUGGAGGAUGCUACGAACUACUUAUUGGAUCAUGCAUAA